AUGGCUGAACAUCCAGGAAAGCAUGUGCCAGAUUAUGAAUCAAGUGGAGAGUCUAUGCAAAUUAGCAGUCCAAGUGAUUUACCAAUGGCUGCCUUGGCAGCUUGGAAUGAUCUUCCUGAGAAAAUUAAGAAGGAUCCCUACUUGGCACCUUUCCGAAGAGGCUAUGAAAAACACAUUGCAAAAACAACUCACAGGAGUCUGCCUCUUUUGCCUGAAGCUGUUGCAACAAAAAGUAUCAUUGUACCUGGACCAACAAUGCUCAUAGUCCCAUCAACAAGUUCAAAAGUGCAGUGUAAAGAAGAAGAUACUGAAGAAACUGAAGACAUAAAGUGUGAUGCACCAGCUACACGUUGGAUACGCUGGCUGAAACUUUGUUGCCUUGUUGCCAUCUGGGCAACCUUUACGAUGAUACUCAUGAUAAAAAGUGAGAAAGUAUUAAACACUUACCAAAUAUCAGUACCUCCUAGAGAAGCAAAAAGUUACUUGAUUCUGGAAGAACCAAAGCAAAAUCAUUUGGGUGUGAGUUUGACAGGAGCAUUUUUACCAAAGUAUUACAGAAAUUUGUCUACAAAAGCUCUGACAGCAAGGGUGCAGCUAGUUUCCUACAGACACAAAGAAAAGUUAUUAAGAAAUGUAACAUCAUUCAAGAAAACACAUGUUUCUUCUGUUCAGAAUGUAUCGGAUGAAUGGAAAGUGCCCCUUGUCUCAAGCAGAGAAUUAAUAGAACUUGUUCCAGAAGUUACAGUUGAGAAAGUUUUACAAAUAGAUGUCGGCAAAUAUCACAGUGUACUUCGUCUACAGUUACGGACAAAUCUUGAUGCUAGUGUGCCUGUUGCUAUUGGUUAUGAUUUAACUCCAAUAGAUACACAUGGUGGAAUCAUUUUGGCAGCUCUGGUACUCCUUGGUCUCUACAUAUUAAUUGUGUUUGAGGUUGUUCAUCGUACAUUAGCUGCCAUACUGGCCUCAACAAUGUCUGUGGCAAUACUUGCCUACUUUGAUGAGAGACCUUCCAUGGCAGAGCUUGUCUCAUGGCUUAAUGUUGAAACACUGCUGCUGCUAUUUUCAAUGAUGGUUUUGGUUGCUAUUUUUGCUGAAACUGGUGUUUUUGACUAUCUUGCAGUCUUUGCAUUUAAGGUGACAAAUGGUAAAGUAUGGCCACUUGUCAAUGUACUUUGUAUCUUCACAGCUACACUGUCUUCAUUUUUGGAUAAUGUCACAACAAUGAUGCUUAUGACUCCAGUAACAAUCAGGUUGUGUGAAGUAAUGCAGAUAAAUCCUGUGCCAAUAUUAAUGGCACUUAUCAUGUACUCCAAUGUAGGUGCUGCCUUAACCCCUGUGGGUGAUCCACCAAAUGUAAUAAUAGCAUCGAAUUCAGACAUACAGAAUGCAGGUGUCAAUUUUGGGUCUUUCAUACUGCAUAUGGGAGUUGGAUUAGUAUUUGUCAUGUCAUCACUCUACAUCCUGCUGCGUUUCAUAUUCUUCAGAAAUAUAGAGGAUCUGCGUUACAAUGAACCACAAGAGGUUCAGGAUUUACGGCAUGAGAUUGGUGUCUGGCAAAGAGCAGCUGCAUCAUUAACAUCAUAUUCAAAAGAUGAAGAUAUUGUGAGAAGAGCACUACUGAAAAAGGUGAAACACCUUACAAGGGACCUUACAGAGCGAAUAAACAAUGAAGGGGAGGACAAGCCUGAUUAUUCUACAGAACUAGAUCGUUUGCAGAACAUGUAUCCUAUCCGUGACAAGGAAUUGCUGUGGAAGUCGGGAAUCACAUUACUCCUUGUGAUUUCAAUGUUCUUUUUGCAUUCAGUGCCAGCCUUGAAACUUUCUCUUGGUUGGACUGCCCUACUAGGUGCAAUGCUGCUUUUGCUUUUAGCUGAUAAUGAAGAUAUAGAAGGUGUACUAGCUCGUGUUGAGUGGGGGACACUGAUCUUUUUUGCUGCACUUUUUGUUUUAAUGGAGGCACUUUCAAGACUGGGUUUAAUAGAAUGGGUUGGUCAGCAAACAGAAAAUGUAAUUCUGUCUGUCUCUGAAUCUGCUAGACUGGCAGUGGCAAUUGAAUUAAUAUUGUGGGUAUCGGCAGCAAUGUCAUCACUCGUUGACAACAUUCCUCUCUCAACGAUGAUGGUAAGAGUAAUCACUUCACUUGCGAAGAAAGAAGAAUUGAAUCUGCCAUUAAGACCUUUAGUGUGGGCAAUGGCUUUUGGUGCCUGUCUAGGAGGCAAUGGUACAUUAAUUGGUUCAUCAUCAAAUGUUGUCUGUGCUGGAGUUGCUGAGCAACAUGGCUACAGGUUCACAUUUAUGCAGUUUUUCAAGAUUGGGAUGCCAGUCACAAUUGUCACUGUAAUAAUAUCCAAUGUGUACCUUAUAAUAUGCCAUGUUGCUUUAGAAUGGCAUUAA